AUGGCGGCGGGGCGAAGUAACCGGGCGAUGGGAGCUCUCCAUGGCGGGGCUGCGGCCAGGAGCUGCUCGUUUGGGCACAGCGGCGGUGGCGCUCCGGCGUGGAGGUUGGCGGUGGCGGGGCUGCCUACUCCGCUAAACCGGAAUAAUGGGCCGGCCAGUUACGCGCUCCCUUGUGCCGUCUUGACCCUCCAAAGCCCGACGCCGGAGUCGUCCGCCCGUAGCAGGGCAAAGGAGAUGUCGUCGGCGGCGCAGCAGCUGCCGCGGACGGAAUCGCGGACGCUGUCGGGGCACGAGGGCGCGGUGCUCGCCGUUCGCUUCAACCACGACGGCAAAUACUGCCUGAGCUGCGGCAAGGACCGCACCCUCCGCCUCUGGAACCCCCACACCGGCGCCCACGUCAAGACCUAUAAAUCCCACGGUCGCGAGGUUCGCGAUGUGAACGCGUCCUCGGACAACGCGAAGCUGGUGUCGUGCGGCGGGGACAAGCAGAUAUUCUACUGGGAUGUCGCCUCCGGCAAAGUCAUCCGCAAGUUCCGCGGCCACAACAGCGAGGUCAAUUCAGUGAAGUUUAAUGAGCACAACACGGUUGUACUGUCCGCUGGUUAUGACCGUAGUGUGCGUGCAUUUGACUGCAGGUCACAGAGCAGUGAUCCAAUUCAGACAAUUGAUACUUUUCAAGACAGUGUAAUGUCAGUUAAUGUAACCAACACCGAAAUAAUUGCUGGCAGUGUUGAUGGUACCGUCCGAACAUUUGACAUUCGCAUGGGUAGGGAGACUGUUGAUAACCUGGGUCAUCCUGUCAACUGUAUAUCUUUGUCGAAUGACCGCAAUUGCAUCUUGGCUAACUGUUUGGAUUCUACCGUGAGGCUUCUUGACAAGAACUCUGGGGAAAUGUUACAAGAGUAUAAGGGCCAUAUAUGCAAGUCCUUCAAGAUGGAUUGCUGCCUGACCAAUGAUGAUGCAUUUGUUGUCGGUGGAUCCGAGGACGGCUUCGUUUUCUUCUGGGAGUUGGUGGAUGCACCUAUUGUUGCGACUUUCCGAGCACAUAGCUCUGUGGUGACCAGCGUCAGUUAUCACCCAACAAAGACCUGCAUGUUGACAUCAUCUGUCGAUGGCACCAUUCGUGUUUGGACCUGAAGAUAGGAAUUGCUGAUGUGUGUUAUUCCCUACAGAUGCGCCCAUGACAAUAUUCUCCCUAUGACCCAUCUAUAAAGUUCCAAGUAUUCAGAAGCAUAAUGUGUACUAUUGCACGUGAUACGUUGACAUGUGAACACUGAACAGACUCGAGGAUUCAGAUGCACAA